CGAUACUAGGCACUAUUCAGCCCUAUUGUAAUCACCGAAAGAAAGCGACGGAAGGAAAAUAAUUUUGUGACAUUUUGGGAAUUGUGACAAGUACUUGAUAAAAUGGCUGCAAUUAGUUUAUUGAAUCCAAAAGCUGAAUUUGCCAGAGCUGCCCAGGCGUUAGCUAUCAAUAUAUCAGCUGCGAAAGGAAUUCAAGAUGUGAUGAAGACAAAUCUUGGUCCCAAAGGGACGAUGAAGAUGUUAGUGUCUGGAGCAGGUGACAUUAAAAUCACAAAAGAUGGAAACGUAUUACUUCAUGAAAUGCAAAUACAGCACCCAACAGCUUCUUUGAUUGCUAGAGCAUCCACUGCUCAAGAUGACAUUACUGGGGAUGGUACAACUAGUACUAUAUUAGUCAUUGGAGAAUUUUUAAAACAAGCAGAUAUUUAUAUAUCAGAAGGCCUUCACCCUAGAAUGCUUACAGAAGGUUUUGAUCUAGCUAGGGCUAAAACAUUAGAAGUAUUAGAUUCAAUGAAAAUUCCACUUGAUCCAGAGAAAGGGUUAUUAGAUGUUGCAAAAACCUCAUUGAGAACUAAAAUACAUCCUACCAUAGCUGAUAAAUUGGCUGAAAUUUGUGUAGAGGCAGUUUUAGCUAUCAGGCAAAAAGAUCAAGAAAUUGAUUUGCAUAUGGUUGAACUGAUGGAAAUGCAACAUAGAACUGCAGCAGACACUUCUUUGGUUCGUGGUAUUGUAACAGAUCAUGGAUCCAGACAUCCAGACAUGCCUAAAAGAGUAGAGAAUGCUUAUAUAUUAACUUGUAAUGUUAGUUUGGAGUAUGAAAAGAGUGAGGUAAAUAGUGGUUUCUUCUAUAAAACUGCAGAAGAGCGUGAAAAACUUGUAGCAGCUGAACGUGAAUUUAUUGAUAAUAGAGUAAAGAAAAUAAUUGAACUGAAAAAGAAAUUGUGUGAUGGAACAAAUAAAUCAUUUGUUGUUGUAAAUCAAAAAGGCAUUGAUCCCCAAUCUUUAGACAUGCUUGCCAAAGAAAACAUUUUAGCUUUACGUAGAGCAAAACGCAGGAAUAUGGAACGUUUAGCAUUAGCCUGUGGUGGAAUGGCUAUGAAUUCAGUUGAUGAUUUGAAAGAAGAACAUUUGGGAUGGGCUGGUCUUGUAUAUGAACAUGUAUUGGGAGAAACAAAAUACACAUUUAUAGAAGAAUGCAAGAAACCAAAUUCAGUCACGAUUUUGUUAAAGGGGCCAAAUAAAUACACCUUGGAACAAUUAAAAGACGCUGUAAGAGAUGGCUUGAGAGCUAUCAAGAAUGCUAUUGAUGAUGGUGCUGUAGUUCCUGGUGCUGGUGCUUUUGAAGUAGCUGCUAAUCAAGCACUCCAUCAAUACAAAGAAAAAGUUAAAGGAAAACAGCGCCUUGGUGUACAAGCUUAUGCAGAAGCUUUACUAAUAAUUCCAAAAAUUCUUGCUGUAAACAGUGGAUUUGAUGCGCAAGAUACGAUUGUAAAGUUAUUAGAAGAAGCAUCUUCAUUGGGUGAACCUGUUGGGCUGGAUAUUUCAACGGGUGAAGCGUUAAAACCCGCAGAUGCUGGAAUUUUUGAUAAUUAUAAUGUAAAAAAGCAGAUUAUCAAUUCGUCCACGAUCAUCGCAAGCAACCUACUUUUGGUUGAUGAAAUAAUGAGAGCAGGAAUGUCAUCUUUGAAGGGUUAAAUCAUGAAUGAUAAUUCCUUUAAUUUUAAAAGUAUUCAAAAAAAAAAGAUUCUUUAACUUAACUUAAAUAAUUACAUUUGUAUGAUUUCUUGAAUGUUUUGCUUACUUUCUACAUUUUUAUAAAGCUUUCACUUAAUAAAAAAUACAUGCACACAAUAACAAAUAAAAUGCUAC